AUGAGAACCGUGCUCAAGCCGCUAGCAAUCCAUGCAGCAUAUUCUCCCGUCGAAACUCUUGCUUUCAUCAUCGUGGUCGCUGCCCUAGCCUAUCUUCAUGUUUUGAGUGUAGUCAAGCAUAGUGCCUUUCUUGCUCCCCCAGCUCCCGUUCUUCCUGCCUAUGCCCUUUUCUCCGACGAAUGGCUCGCAGUACGCGAAACUGUCUGGAAACGAGACCACGGCACUGUCCCUCGACUUGACCUCCAGCAAAUCGUAUUCACUGGCGCGUCUCUUGCCAUCCCUUCGUUAAAGAAUGCAACCGACCAUGUUUUGGCCCUUCAUCCUGGGUUUUCGCAUCUUCAAGUCCAAUCGGAGUCGUGGACGCAGACCAUUGAAGCCCCCGAUGGUUUCGAUUUAUCAUACUUGCCGGCAGACAGUUGGAAUAUUGCAUACGAGGCCGAGAUGCCUGGAGAGGCUAUUGCUCAGAUGCAGUCAGGGAAGUGGGUCGCCUACGCGUUGAGGGCUUUGAUUGUUCGGUUCUACGAUUUGGCCAAGAAAGCACCAACACCAGACAUUAUACUGGUGGUUGCUGGAUACAUCUUGAUGCAUGCAACAUUUGUGGUCCUGUUUUCUCGCUCGAGGGCACUUGGCUCUUCCUUUUCGCUCCCAUUCGCGAUCCUUUCGUCGUCGCUUUUGGCGCUCAUCCUCGCGUUACCUGCGGCGAGAUUUCUUCGAAUACCCAUGCACCCGGUUGCCCUCACAGAGGCUCUUCCUUUCUUCGUUUGCACCGUUGGGUUCGACAAACCAAUACGUCUUGCUCGAGCAGUCUUCACUCAUCCCCGGGCCUUACGAGCAACGUCCAUACCUGCUGGAGAGGUUGUCUUAGAUGCCAUGAGCGCAACCUACUACCCCAUCAUCCGCGACUAUAUUCUAGAAAUCGCGGUCCUCGUUAUUGGGGCCAGCUCUAAGGUGGCCGGCUUAUCCGAGAUUUGUGCACUCGCAGCUAUCUUACUCGCCUUCGACUGUCUCAUGAUGUCGACCUUUCUCGCUGCUGUUUUUUCAAUCAUGAUUGAAGUCAGACGACUCCCACAACCUUCAACUACUUCCUCGACUACCUUGUGGCCCCAACGUCUGUUUGGAUGGAAUAACCCUCCCACUCCUCUUCGAACCUCGUUGGCAAACAACAAGACCGAUGCUACGGAGCCGGAGAGUCCCAUCGCUCGGCUCAAGCUGCUCCUGCUUGCUGCUUGCCUUGUUCUCCAAAUACUAAACCUGGCAGCACCAUUCACACUUUCUUCAGGAGCUCCUCGUUCUUCCAUCCCGACUCAGACGACUCCAUUGGAUUGGGCGGUACUUGCUCAUCUAACGCCCACUCUCUUUGAAUCACCAUCAAGCACCAUUUCACCUCGUCUUCUUGUUCGUCUGCGACCACCGAUCAUACUUCGCUCUUCCGCAUCUCGUCCAUUGUCCGCGCGAAUUGACGCCGUUUUAUCGACAUGGACUAGCCUUGUCGGAGAUCCGGUGCUGAGUAAAGGCAUCGUCGCUGUCUUAGUCAUCAGCGUGCUCCUCAAUGCCUACCUUAUCCGUGGCGUUUCUCGUGCGACGGGCGGCAGCAGUGUUCGGUUUGACUCCGAGGCAAAGGUCGAGCCUCAACCCCCCGCUGAAGAAACCCCUCGUCAAGAUGGAUGGGCAAGGGAAGUCGCAGCUAUACCCCGCCGACCCUCCCCAGUGCCCAUCUCCACUAUUCAUGGGCAGACACCAACAGCCAGUACUGGUGCCAUUCCGACUCUGCCGUUGGAAGACCUUGAUCGUCGCUUGCGUGCUCGUGGUCGUGGGCUUCGAGCAAGAACCCCCGGUCGACAAAGGGCUGUUCUUGUUGACGAUUCGGAUGACUCGGCGAGCGAUGAACCUCGCUCACUAUCCGAGCUUAUGCGUCUGAUGGACACAUUGCCCAAGUCGAAUGGUCUGGCCGAGUUGAGUGACGAGGAGAUUGUGUUGCUAGCCCAAAACGGUAAGAUCGCAGCAUACGCUUUAGAAAAGGUGCUCGCCCCGGACCGAGAUUUGCUGGGGCUUGAACGGGCUGUUCGGAUUCGUCGAGCAUUGAUUUCCCGUGCUUCCAUUACGCAGUCGCUUGAGUCAUCCCUGGUCCCAUUCGAGCAGUACGAUUACUCGAAAGUCCUCGGAGCCUGUUGCGAAAACGUUGUUGGCUAUAUCCCUCUCCCGCUUGGCAUUGCUGGUCCACUUACCAUCGACGGAGUGUCCUUCCACAUCCCUAUGGCCACCGCCGAAGGGACCCUUGUUGCAUCGACUUCUCGCGGAUGCAAAGCACUCAAUGCUGGUGGUGGAGUCACGACUGUGCUCACUCAGGACGCUAUGACUCGUGGCCCAGCCAUCGAGUUCCUUUCCGUUGUCGAAGCUGCACGUGCCAAAGCGUGGAUUGCAUCGGCCGAGGGCUAUGAGGCGCUCAAGUCGGCCUUUGAGAGCACUUCGCGCUUUGCAAAGCUGACCAGCCUCAAGACGGCGAUGGCGGGGCGUACGUUGUUUGUGCGGUUUGCGACAGCGACUGGUGAUGCGAUGGGGAUGAACAUGAUUUCGAAGGGCACGGAAAAAGCGCUGGAGGUGAUGCAGGAGGAGUUUCCGGAGAUGGUUGUUCUGGCGCUGAGCGGCAAUUACUGCACGGACAAAAAGCCUGCGGCGAUCAACUGGAUCGAAGGUCGAGGGAAAAGUGUUGUUGCUGAGGCUGUCAUUCCAGGCAAAGUUGUGAAGAGCGUGCUGAAGACAACCGUCGAUGCGCUCUGCAACUUGAACGUGAAGAAGAACCUCGUCGGGAGUGCAAUGGCGGGUUCUAUCGGCGGGUUUAAUGCACAUGCGGCCAACAUCCUUACUGCAAUCUUCCUGGCGACUGGCCAAGACCCGGCUCAGAAUGUGGAGAGUUCGAACUGCAUGACUCUGAUGGAGCCAACGAAUGACGGACAAGACUUGCUUAUGACUGUUUCGAUGCCUUCAAUUGAGGUUGGGACUGUCGGCGGCGGAACCGUUCUGACCCCGCAAGGGGCGGUGCUUGAUAUGCUUGGUUUGCGUGGAGCGCAUCCUACGCGACCCGGACAAAACUCUCAAGGCCUCGCCAGAGUAGUCGCGUCGGCCGUCAUGGCAGGCGAACUCUCUUUGCUUUCUGCGCUUGCUGCCGGUCACCUGAUUCGGGCUCAUAUGGUGCACAACCGUUCGACACCGACGACACCGCUGACUUCGCAGCCCUCAACUCCCGCUGUUGAGCAUAAACGCACCCUCGUUGACAAGCUCGUUGAGUCGAACUUGCCCACCCCAUUAACACCUUCAUCCUCGACCGCAUCACUCCCACCCUACUCUCGAACGUAG